AUGACCCCUUCCUCUUCAAAAGUGUAUUUUUCCAGAAUCAUCACAUCGAUUCGCGAGAGUCAACGCUCUGAAACACCAUCCGACAAGUUCCGAGCACAAUCUCGUCUUAUUCGAGACUCAUACAACCUUCUUGAGACAUCAGUGAGACUAUUCGAAACCGCCCGAACCACUGUCCCAAUGAUCUCCGAUACUCACUUGGCAUCCUCCCUCGAUCAGUCUGCCAACCGACUAGGAACAUCACUUGCUGAACUUCGAACCGCUGUGAAUGACGCUCAACAACUCAACUUCUCCCAACAACUUCUUCAUAGUGAGGAGCUGAUCAAGGAGCUCGACGAGCAGCUUAUCAAUACGCAGAGGAAGGCACAACUCAAUCAACUUCCACCAGUUCCACAUGCGACGUCGUUUAGUACUAGCUCGAAAUUGAUGGCUACCACAACGAAUGUGGGAUCUGGUGUCGCUCAAUUGAUCACAGCAGCCACCACUUCUAACGAUGAUCGUUAUGUUGCCACAUCAGCUGUCGAGCUAGCACAAGGACUUCGUAACUUUGCUGACGCUGUCACCGAAAUCGUCACCGUCCGUACUGACAUUGCCCUCGACAAACUGAUCGUCAGCGCCCGUUCUGUUGUUCAUGACUGUGGAAGAGUCUUCGAUAGAGUACGUGAGCAAUGUCACGUCUCUCAACUCACUGAAGCUGCUCAAUCAGUGUCUACCAAUCUCCGUCAAGUCAUCUCCUGCCUCCCAGACACCAAGCAUGUGGAGCGUGCGAUUCAAGAGAUUCAGAGAGCAUCGACGUCAAAGAACUUGAGAGCAAUGGAGGUCCGUCAGGCAGCCAACAAGUUCAGCGAAGCCACCUCGCAGCUGGUUAUCACAAUUGGUUCUCCACAAAACGCUGAAGCCGUCGAUGUGUUCGUCCGAGCCUACUGUGAUCUUCAUGGUUCGGUGAUUGCUCAGCUUCAACGUCACGCAAAUGUCAAUACAAAGACAGCAAUUGUGGAUAGACUUGAAGAAGCACAACGCGGAUCUAUUGGUGUCCUGGAGACCCUUCGCAUCACUGGUGGACCCAACGAUCAGACUCUCUCCCAGCAAUUCACAUCGAAGACAAGCGAACUCGCCACCGUCGUCAAUCAGCUUGUUGAGCUCUCUGAGCCCGAAGCAGACUCCAGAUGGCAGAGAGAAUGUGACGCCGCUCUUCGACGCAUCCAAGCUGUCUACCACGUCACACAGCAAGCAAAUGUUCCACUCAACGAUAACGGAUACUUCCAAUCGCUUCAAUCAGUGUCAGAAGGAUCCAGAAGACUGGGAGAGGCGAUGACUGGAAUGGCUAGACACGCCAAGGCCAAUGAUACCGAAGGAUUCUGCACUAGCGUUCGAAACUCUGCAGAUGCUCUCUGCUCGUUAGCAGAAUCGGCAUCCCAUUCUGCUUACCUAGUUGGAACAUCACAUCCAGCUAGUUCUCCAGGACGUGCCGCCCUUAUCGAUUCAUCUGAAGUGGCUAGAAUCGUCGAAUCCAUUAACAGUUCGUGCCAGAGAAUCGAGUCUAGAAACUUGGAUCGAACCGAUUUGAUGUCCGAAGUUUCCUCAGUCACCAAACAAUCUUCAUCGCUCGCCCAGCUAUGCAGGCUGGCUUCCGAGAAAACUCAGAAUCCAAAUGUCAAGAAACACCUCGUCGGAUGCGCCUUAUCAGUGGCCACCAUGACUUCCAGCCUAGUCAACGCUUUCAAAGAUAUCGAACGUGUUCCAGACGCCGACAGCCGCUGCUCCACAAGUGCUUCAGAGCUUCGUCAAGUUGCUCAACAACUUCUUCAUUUUGCUGACAAGCCAGAUUUCGCUGCUAUCCAAGGAACAAUCUCGAAUGAAGGACGCACCGCUCAACUUCCGAUUCUUCAAGCCAGUCGCGAAAUGUUGGAUUCCAGUGCUCAGAUGAUUCAUACAGCCAAGUCAUGGGCAUCAGCUCCACAGGAUGAGGCCACAUGGCAAAGAAUGGCUGUUAACAGUCGAGAAGUUUCCGAUUCCAUCAUGCGCCUUGUCAGCGCAAUUCAUGAAGCUGCUCCAGGCCAAAUCGAGUUGGAAACUGCUAUCGGAAGACUCUCAGCCCUCUCUGGACAGGUUGAAAGAAGUGCAAUGGAUGCAUACGCUAGUGGAAAUGUCCAACAACAUGGUGCUAACGCCGAACGUCAGCUCCUUCAACAAGUCCAACACAUUGCUAGCCAGCUCGAGGAUAAAGUUGAUGACCUUCACAGUGCUGCAGUCGAACACGGAGAACGUCUUCCAAAAGCUGUUCAACUUCACUGUCGGAUGGUUGAAGAUCUCGCCGAAGCUGCUUGCCUUGCCGCUGGUAUGACUGUAGACAGCAACCAACAAACCGAACUGUUUGAUAAAUGUAAGACAGUGGUGGAGGCUGAGUUGGCAAUGAUGAUUGCUAGCCGCGAGUCCGGAGGUAAUCCAAAUGCCGUUCACGCUCAUGCCAAUGUUCAAGACGCUGCUGGAAAUUUGAAGCAUGCAAUCGGAGAUAUGCGUCAAACGAUUGCCAAGGUUUCUAGUGAACAAGGAGGAGUUCAGGGAUUGGUGGACACUAUCUCAUCUUCGAUUGCUAACACUGAUCUUGCAAUGACUUCUCAGCAUGGAUCCUCGUUUGCUGAAGCCCAGACUAAAAUGACGGCUUGCUUGGAAGACAUCCGAAGAACUGCAAUUGAGAUGCCAACUCUGAAUACCACGGAUCUCGGAUCUGCCGCCUUGAAUCUCAGUGAGAAGUAUCGAUUGGUUGCAACAGAUCUGCGUGUAGCUGUCCAACUUCUGCCAGAAGCAGAAAUCGGAUCUCGCCUCAAAUUCGCCGUUCAGAACCUUGGAACCAGCUGCAUCGACACCGUCCAAGUUGCUGGACACAAACGUGCCCAUCCCGAAGAUGAGCGAAUUCAACGACAGCUUAUUCAACACGCCGCGUUGGUUGAGGAGAGAGUCGAUCAAGUGCUCGCUGCCCUGCAUCAAGCAUCCCGUGGAACUCAAGCCUGUAUCAAUGCAGCCAACACUGUUAGUGGAAUUAUCGGAGAUUUGGAUACCACUAUUAUGUUUGCCACUUCGGGAUCUUUGAAUUCUUCUGAUGGCAGGAAGUUCCCAGCUCACAAGGAUGCUAUCAUCAAGACCGCAAAGGCAUUGGUAGAAGAUACCAAGGCUCUAGUAGCAGGAGCAGCAUCUAAUCAGGAACAACUUGCAGUUGCUGCCCAGAAUGCAGUCAGAACCAUUGUCAACCUAUCCGAUGCAGUCAAAUCUGGAGCUGUCAGUUUGUCAUCCGACAAUUCGGAGAGUCAAGUUCUCGUGAUCCAUGCUGUUCGUGACGUGGCUGCAGCACUCACAUCGCUCAUUCAAGCCACCAAGAAUGCCUCUGGAUUGUCCCUUCAACAUCCAGCAAUGGGACAUCUUAAGGACGCCGCCAAGGUUAUGGUUGGCAACGUGUCACGUCUUCUGAGAACGAUUGCAGCAGUGGAAGAGAAGAGUCAACAGGGUACACGAGCUGUGGAGGCAGCAAUCGAAGCUAUUGGAUUCGAGAAGAGUCAGUUUGACAAUGAUAUCAAUGAAGGCGUCGCUGCUUCAUCGGAUAUCAGAGUCGAGAAUCUUCAACAAAGUGCUGAUCACGUGGCAGAGAUUACAAAGAGAGUGAUGGCAGGAGGACAGACUGAAGAGGAGAUCAUCGGUGUUGCCAACUUGUCAAGAAGCGCUGUGAGGUCACUGCUUGCUGUGAUCAGAACGAUUAGUAAUGAAGCGGAUACUGUACAACAGAGAUACGCGGUGCUGGAUUCGGGAAGAGAUGUGGCGGAUAAGGUCAAGGAUCUUUUAGUGUCUCUUCACGGUCAAAUGGUUAGCAAACCAGGACAAGAGCAAUCGAAGCAGACUCUGCUAGAUGCUUCUAGAGAAGUUUCUCGGGCACUGUCCAAUUUGGUUGGGCUGUGUAAUGAAAUGACUGGAGUGCCACAUGGACACAUGGAAAUGGAUUCGGCGGCCGCGCAGGCGGAGAAUGAGCUGUUGGGAGCGGCUAGCUCGAUUGAAGCUGCCUCGUUGAAGCUGGCAGAGCUGAGACCAAGACAGACGGUGCAAGAGAAUACGCACGAAAUCGUCGAAGCCGAAUUUGAUGAGAACAUCAUUGCCUCAGCGAAAGGCAUCACCAACGCCGUCCACAUUCUGGUCCGUGCCGCAACAAGUGCUCAACGAGAGCUCGCAAUGCAAGGAAGAACCGAGACACGUCCAUCGGGAUCAGGAACCUAUCAAUGGUCCGAAGGACUGACAAGUGCCGCCCGUGUCGUCGUUGCGUCUGUGCAUAAGUUGUGCGAUGCUGCGAACACUUUGAUGAAGGGACAAACUACAGAAGAGAGAUUGAUCAGUGCCGCCAAGCAGGUCUCCAGCUCGACCGCUCAAUUGUUGGUAGCGUGUAAUGUGAAAGCUGAUCCGGAUAGUCAGGCAAACAGGAGGUUACAGGCUGCUGGACAGGCUGUUAGGGUGAGUACUAAAAAUGUGAACGCCGCCGAACGUUUGGUCCAAUCCGCGCAGCAAGGAAUCGCUCGUGACGAUCGCAACAUUGCCAUCUCCGAUAGACUAGUGAAUGGUAUUGCUCAAGUGAUGGAUGCUCAAGAAGAAGUGCUCAGGAAGGAGCGAGAACUCGGAGAGGCCCGUCAUAAGCUUGCUCAUCUUAAUAAGGCUCGCUAUGAGAAGGAUGGAACGCCAGAAGCAUAA